AAUUAUAAUACAUAAUUGUUAUAAAAUGUUAACUGAGGCACAAUUCCAAGAAGCUAUUACUUUCAUCAAGGACUACAAAGAUGCUCUCUACUGUAUUGAGCAGAUUAAUGAGAGAAGAGCCACUGUUGACCAUUACCAAAACUUCUCAACCACCGUGUUGGCAGCAAUGAAAAAUAAAGAGAUUGCUCUUGAUAAUAAGGGAUUUAAAAAAGGAGAGAAAAUUGCUGAUUUCAAGCUAGCUAAGGCUUUCAAAUACUCUACCGAAGUCUUGAAUAAAUACAAGCUCAGUAAUGCCGUAAGCAGAGAUGACUUGCUCAAGAAGUUAGCUCAUGCUACCAGUGAUUUGGUCUAA